AUGGAGCUUGGGAUAUUACUGAUCUUUGCCCUCUUAAGCAUUCUUCUGCUCUCGACUUUCCUCUUGCUGCAUUUAUGGAUUUCACCAAAAGAAAUGGAGGAUCUCCCAGGAAGCUUGGGGUGGCCUAUUGUAGGUGAAAGCUUCUCAUUCUUGUCUGAGUUUUCUAGUCCAUCUGGCAUAUACAGCUUCAUGAAAAACAGGCAGCAAAGGUAUGGAAAAGUUUUCAAAUCUUUUGUGCUGGGUAGAUUCACUAUCUUCAUGACUGGAAGAGAAGCAAGCAAAAUCUUGUUAACAGGAAAAGAUGGGUUAGUGAGCUUGAACUUAUUUUAUACCGGGCAACAGGUGCUGGGUCCUACCAGUUUGCUUCAAACAACUGGAGAAGCACACAAAAGGAUACGGCGACUAAUUGCAGAGCCCCUGUCAGUUGAUGGGCUAAAAAAAUAUUUUCAAUUCAUCAACACCUUGGCCAUUGAAACAUUAGAUCAAUGGUCUGGAAGGAAAAUUCUGGUUCUCGAGGAAGCUUCUACAUUCACUCUCAAAGUAAUUGGCAACAUGAUAAUGAGCCUAGAACCCACUGGAGAAGAGCAGGAAAAAUUUCGGGCAAAUUUCAAAAUAAUUUCUUCCUCAUUUGCAUCCCUGCCAUUCAAGAUCCCUGGAACAGCUUUUCACAAUGGUAUUAAGGCCAGGGAUAGGAUGUACGCAUUGUUAGAUUCAAUCAUUGCAAGCAGGAGAAGUGGCAAAAGCGUCCAACAAGAUUUUUUAGAAUCACUGAUAAUUAAGCACAGCAAAGGAGGGGAAGGAGAAGAUGAUGAAGAUAAACUUACUGACAAACAAUUGAAGGAUAACAUAUUAACUCUGCUAGUUGCAGGUCAUGAUACCACAACGGCUGCUCUCACAUGGCUCAUCAAAUUCCUUGAUGAAAAUCCUCGAGUUCUGGAACAACUUCGAGAGGAGCAUAUACAAAUCCAAGCAAAGAGAACAGAUGGAGCAACCCUUACAUGGUCUGAAGUUAAUACCAUGCCUUACACAAACAAAGUAAUCAGUGAAACUCUUCGAAGAGCCACUAUUUUACCUUGGUUUUCAAGAAAAGCUGCUCAGGACUUUGAAAUUGAUGGAUAUAAAAUCAAGAAAGGCUGGUCCAUCAACUUGGAUGUUGUCUCAAUUCACCAUGAUCCAGAAGUUUUUCCUGAUCCCCAAAAGUUUGAUCCCACCAGAUUCGGUGCACCCCUAAGGCCUUUCAGCUUUCUUGGAUUUGGCAGUGGACCUCGUAUGUGCCCCGGGAUCAACCUGGCCAAACUGGAAAUCUGUGUCUUUAUCCAUCAUCUGGUCACCAGAUACAAGUGGAGACCUCUGGAGAAAGAUGACUCUGUCCAGCCAACACUUGUGCGGAUGCCAAAGAACAAGUAUCCAGUUGUAGUUGAACCACUGUAGAACUCCCACAGCUACCAGCAACCACAGAUAGAGGAAGAAAUAAUUUCAAAGCAGACGAGGAAAUUGAAUACCACACAUCAAAAGUUGUAUUUUCAAACCAAGUAUGGAUCUAUGGUGUAAUAUUACAAUCAGUCGUGUGUGCUAA